UUUUUUAAUGCGCGUGCGCCAAGUCGUACAGCAAGCCACGACUGAGGAACGCACGUGAGAACCGAAAAUAAACUUCAUAAACAUUUAUUUUUAUUUUUAUUCAAGAUGUCGGAUGUAGAAGAGGAAUCUCAGAUGGGAGCGGAAUCUGAAGAGGAGGAUUCUGAGCUGUCAGAUGGAGAGCUUCAAGAAGCUUUCUCCAAAGGGCUCCUCAAACCUGGCAUGAACAUUCCUUUAGAAGAACCUAAAAAAGCACAGAAUGACGUGGAGGGUUUGAAGAAAUGCCUGGCGGAGUUUAAGAGGAAUAUGGCCUGGGUGGAGAGGCUGGACCUUACUACUCCGCCCGCAGCGAACGUCGUGGAUAAAGUGGCGGGCAGGGCGGAGCCAAGCCAGGAUGGAGACGAGAUCAACGCAGAUGACGACUUUCAAAGGGAGAUGUACUUUUAUCGACAGGCCCAGGCGAGUGUCCUCAAAGCACUGCCCAAGUUAAAGAAGUUACAGAUUCCCACCAAACGGCCGGAGGAUUACUUUGCGGAGAUGGCCAAAUCUGAUCAGCACAUGCAGAAGAUCAGGAAGAAGCUGAUCCAGAAGCAGAUGGCGAUGGAGAAAUCAGAGAAAGCCAAGAAGCUGAGAGAACAGAGGAAGUACGGCAAGCAGGUCCAGGUGGAGGUUCUGCAGAAGAGGCAGAAGGAGAAGAAGUCCAUGAUGACGGCGGUAAAGAAAUAUCAGAAAGGUAUGACUGAUAAACUGGAUUUCCUGGAAGGAGAUGCCGUGGGGAAGAAAGCAGAAGGAGCACCGUCCAAACCACACGUCAACAAGAAAGGCCCUAAUUCUAAGAGGAAGUACAAGGACUCGAAGUUUGGGUUCGGUGGUAGAAAGAAAGGCUCAAAGUGGAACACGAAAGAGAGCCACAACGACGUGUCAGGAUUCCGGGCCAAAAUCGCUCACGGAAAAGCGGGCAAGAAGUUCAGCAAAGGAGGGAAGAAGAACAAGCGUCCAGGAAAAGAAGCACGGCGUAAGAUGAAGUCGCGGAAGUGAGACGUGAUCGUGGUUAACAUCUUUAACAUGGAGAUCUGACUGGACUUGCAUGGACUUCAGUGGACCUCCAUGUUGGCACGAGUUACUCCACACACAGACACACACACGGUGGAAGCUUGGUGUAGGGUGUGUGUUUUGUUUUUGUUUUUGAGGAGGAGGAGGACUUUAAAGAGAUUCUUACUCUCUCAAAUAUAUUUUUAAUGUUUUAUUUCCUUCAUAAUUUGUGAAUGAUGUGCAGACUGGAUCAAUGUGUCAUUAUGUUGGCUUAUUAUUUUUCUAUCCAGGAUUUUUGUAAUGCCAUAUUGUUCCAAGUGCCACAGUUUGCGUGGAUUUCCUGUGACUUUUCAACGAACAUGGAGGCUCUGUGACGAAUCAGAACCGAGGACUCUGAAUCUGUGUCAUAGUGUUAUCUGUGACCGUAGGAAGUGUUUCUCUGGUGACUAAUGACAGGCACAAGGAAUAAAAAAAAAAAAAUUUUAAA